UUCGCCCAGGCAGCGCUGGGGGAUGUUGGACAAAGUCGGAGAUGCGAAUGUUCCGCGCAGACAUUGUAGUAUUUCGAAGAAGCGUGUUGCGUAGAAAUCUUGCGAAAACAACCAACUGAAAGCAUUUUUAGUUUUCGGAAUUACGAUAGAUUGGAGAGCAGUGCCUCCGUCCGGAGCGAAAAGAAAGUUAUUCUGAAUGUGUCCGUAUCUCCUGAGAGUGAAAGGUAAAAAAAAAAAAAGGUUUGUUUCGUGUCCGUAAGACAUAAAUUCUGAUGUUUGGUACUUUCUUCCAGUAUUACGCAGACUAGAUCCAAAGGAAAACGUUUUUCUCGACGCGGCAUUAUUUGUUUUUUUUUUUUUUAAUAACUUUUUUCGCCAAAGAUUGCUAGAUAAGAGACCACUGAAGUCUGACCGUCUGCUCACCGAUCUUGACUAUUUAAGCGUUUAAUCCUAAAUAAUAGAAAAAUAAUUUCUUCUGGAAGACUUCUCUCUUCCGACCAUGUGAACCAACAGUGACUGAAAUCGGGAUCUACAACUGCUUUCUACGUAAUCUAAAUCGGAUUCGGGACGUUUUCCGCUGUACGUUGCUGAACCUCAGCCUCGCGGGAUCGAUCGGCGAUAAAGGUGAAUGCAGUGGAUGGCCUUGUGCUGAUGCUUCAGCAAUAGCACAGGCCACAGCAUGAUGGCACCCUGGAGUCUGCUGCUUCUCUGUGAGCUGGCGGUGCUGGUUUCACUUGGCAAGGCCCGGCCCGCCACCAGCGACCAAGUCUCUCCUGAAAUGCAGGUGGCGCUGUAUACGUUAAGCCCUGGUGAUCGGCUAGAGCUGUGCUGCGACAACACAAAGGAGACCCAAGUGAUUGAUUGGACCAAGGAUCAUGUGGCGGUGCUGGAUGGGGAGCACACACGCUUGAGGGACAACUGCCUGGAGAUCGAGGGUGUGGAGCCAGCUGACUCGGGCUUUUAUGCCUGCUUUGCCAGAGGCCCCUUCGCCAACUACAGUGCCUAUUUUUCUGUCAACGUCACUGCUGAUGCUCUGUUGUCCUCAGAAGAUGAAGAUGAUGAUGAGUCUUCCUCCGAAGAGGCUAAGCUGUCCAGUUCCCAAAAGUUGUUGCCUAUGGCUCCACAGUGGGCCCAGCCAGAGAAGAUGGAGAAGAAGCUCCAUGCUGUGCCAGCCAGUAAGACUGUAAAGUUCCGGUGUCAAGCCAGCGGCAAUCCCAACCCUACGCUGAAGUGGUACAAAAAUGGCAAGGAGUUCAAGAGGGACCAGCGUAUUGGGGGCUUCAAGGUCCGUGAGCACAUGUGGACCAUAAUCAUGGAAUCGGUGGUGCCCUCAGACAAGGGCAACUACACUUGUGUGGUGGAAAACAAGUACGGCAGCAUCAACCACACCUACCAGCUCGAUGUUGUGGAACGCUCACCCCACAGGCCUAUCCUCCAGGCCGGACUGCCAGCCAAUCGCACGGUCAUGGUGGGCAGCGAUGUGGAGUUUGUGUGCAAGGUUUUCAGCGACCCCCAGCCGCAUAUCCAGUGGCUCAAGCACAUCGAGGUCAAUGGCAGUCGCGUCGGUCCCGAUGGCUUGCCCUAUGUCCGCGUCCUCAAGCACUCGGGGGUGAACAGCCUGGAUACCCAGGUGCUGACCCUCUACAAUGUGACGGAGGAGGAGAGCGGGGAGUAUGUGUGUAAGGUGUCCAAUUAUAUAGGAGAGGCCAAUCAGUCGGCCUGGCUGACCGUCACCAGACAUGAGGCUCAAGCCUUGCCCCCUUCUCCAGUUCCCAACCAGACAUACCUGGAAGUGCUCAUCUACUGUGUGGGCUUCUUCCUCAUCUGUGUCAUGGUGGUCGUCGCUAUCAUCUUCAAGAUGCGCAGCACCUCUAAGAAGAGCGAAUUCAAUGGCCAACUGGCUGUACACAAACUAGCAAAGAGCAUCCCGCUCCGCAGACAGGUCUCUGUGGACUCGAGCUCUUCUCUGAACUCGGGGGUUAUGCUGGUACGUCCUUCGCGCCUCUCCUCCAGCGGCUCACCCAUGUUGUCAGGGGUGUCAGAGUAUGAACUUCCACAAGACCCUCGCUGGGAGCUGCCACGGGACAGGCUCGUCCUUGGAAAGCCCCUGGGGGAGGGAUGCUUUGGACAGGUGGUAAUGGGAGAGGCCUUGGGCCUGGACAAGGAAAAGCCCAACCGUAUCACCAAGGUUGCUGUCAAGAUGCUCAAGUCUGAUGCAACAGAGAAGGACCUGUCAGAUCUUAUCUCAGAGAUGGAGAUGAUGAAGAUCAUUGGCAAACACAAGAACAUUAUCAACCUGCUUGGAGCUUGCACUCAGGAUGGCCCCCUCUACGUGAUUGUGGAGUACGCUGCCAAGGGCAAUCUGCGGGAGUACUUGCGGGCACGUCGACCUCCCGGCAUGGAGUAUUGCUACAACCCCGACCAGGUGCCCGUGGAGAGCAUGUCCGUCAAGGAUCUUGUUUCUUGCGCCUACCAGGUGGCCCGGGGGAUGGAGUACCUUGCCUCAAAAAAGUGUAUCCACAGGGACCUGGCUGCCCGCAAUGUGCUUGUGACUGAAGAUAAUGUGAUGAAGAUUGCAGACUUUGGUCUGGCCAGAGACAUCCACCAUAUUGACUACUACAAGAAGACCACCAACGGCCGGUUGCCAGUGAAGUGGAUGGCACCAGAGGCCUUGUUUGACAGGAUUUACACACACCAAAGUGACGUGUGGUCCUUUGGCGUUUUGCUGUGGGAGAUCUUCACGCUGGGUGGCUCACCCUACCCAGGGGUUCCUGUGGAAGAACUCUUCAAGCUGCUCAAGGAAGGCCAUCGCAUGGACCGGCCCUCCACCUGUACCCAUGAGCUCUAUAUGAUGAUGCGGGACUGUUGGCAUGCUGUGCCCUCUCAGAGGCCAACUUUCAAGCAGUUGGUGGAGGACUUGGACCGCACCCUUGCCAUGUCAUCCAACCAGGAGUACCUGGACCUGUCGGUGCCCUUGAACCAGUACUCUCCCAGCUACCCCGACACCCGCGGCUCCACCUGCUCUUCCGGCGAGGAUUCUGUGUUCUCCCAUGAUGCUGCGGCUGCUGAGGAGCCCUGCCUUCCCAAGUUCCCUCCACAGCCCAACAGGCCGGCGUUCAAGAAACGCUAAUGCAGUCUGCUGACCCCUUACCCUCUAACCCCACACGACCUGUACUGCUUCCGCUGGCCUUCUUGACCUCCGCUCCCCGCUAAACUGGACUCUGCGUAGAGCCUGACUACUGCGGGUGAUCGUCACCACCACCACCUCCCACAUCAGAGGAGAAGGACUUUGUGCCACAUGAUCAGACUGAGAGAGCAGGAGGAGCUCUCAGGACCAGCCUGCAAGGAUGGGACAGAACCUGCUUACAAGCAGGAGAGAAACUUCUCAGUACUGCUUCCAUUUGCAAUGAUUAUUUCCAUUUCUCACUCUCCAUUAAACAGAAUGAAGGGUUAUUUUUUAUUUUCAGAUCUGCUCCAAAGAAAGAUUCAGCCAGCGAAGAGCUACGGCAAUUUGCUCCGUAGCUGGUUGGUUGUAAAUACAGUUAUAAAUUUAUAAAUAUGAGUAUUUACAGUGUACUCUUUAUUUUUAUUUUACCUUUCCCCUUUUUGUACAAUGAUGCUGCCGCUUUCAACAGUUUUUUGAUAUUCUCUAAGGGAAAUACUGUAUGCUUAGGAGGGAGGGGCCAGAUUUUUAUAUCCUGCAAUGAAUUAAUGUUAUGUUUAGAUGUGUUUAUGCUCAUUAUCUGGCCAGUUGUUUUGAGUUUGCCUAUGCCCUUUGCACGACCUGCUGCUCAAAUACAAGUAAUCCAUUC